AUGGCUAUUCCCACCGCUCUAAAGUGCCGCACCCGCAAGAACCUUACCCCAGCCGAGCGUGCUGAAGUUAUCGCCUACCUCCUGAGUGUUAGUACCGAGCUAUCACCUCCUCAAGGCCCCAUUAAAGCUUGUGCGACUAAAUACGCUUGUGGAGACGUUCAGAUCUCGCGAUUGUGGCGUCGAUCGGUUAAGGCCAUUCAAGCAGGAGCUCCUAUCGACUACGAGAGCGGUAGAAAGUGUCGAAGUGGCCGUAAGUCGCGGUUGACGUCGGAGUCCCGCGUCCAGCUCAACGAGGCCAUCGAACUUAUUCCCCUGGAAGACAGAACCGACAUCCGUACUUUGGCGAGUAGUCUCGCCAUUCUGCACACGUGA